GCCGGCGGCGACGGGAUGGAGGCCACCGGCGGCGGCGAUGCGGCGGCGGAAGGGAGGAGGGGGGAAGGGGGAGGAGGGGCCGCGCGGUGGGCGGUGGGCGCGGUGUGCGGCGGGCUGGUGUACUACCACUGCGCGGUGCGGCGGGCCAGCGCGGUGUCGCUCGCCGCCGACGUGCUCCUCGUCCUCCUCUGCUCGCUCUCCAUCCUCGGCCUCCUCUUCCGCCACCUCCACAUCUCGGUGCCCGUGGAUCCUCUUGAAUGGCAGAUUUCUCAAGAGAUGGCGAAUAGUAUAGUUGCAUCCUUGGCUAACACAAUCGGAGCUGCUGAAUCUGUAUUGAGGGUGGCUGCGACUGGACAUGAUAAGAAGCUCUUUUUCAAGGUGGUUUUUACUCUGUAUUUUCUAGCAGCUUUGGGGAGGGUGGUGUCAGGCGCCGCAGUUGCUUACGCCGCGCUCUGCAUCUUCUGCCUCUACAUGUUUGCACAAAGCACUGAUCUUUUCGAUCAGCUCCCUUCUUGGGUUCCCGUAGGAAGAGAUUCUCUUGGCGGCUCUCAGGAUACAACAUGAUUCUGUACAUCAGCUAGUUUGUGUGUACGAUCGACUCUGCAGGUCAAUAUAUAGCUUCUUGAACUGUAUGUAUAGCAUCUGUUGCUUCUUUCACGGCUCACCUCUGCAUUGCAGUUGUUCAUGGUGUCCUGUAACAGCAGCAUCACCUCUGUAUAUCAUAUGCUGUUGCUAGCAACUUUGUGGAAAAGAAAAAUAUCAUUUGUGGUUCUUUUGCCUUCC